CAGAGACCCAAAAAAAGAAACGAUGCUCCAGGUCUUUUCCUAAUUAUUGCCUCCACUUCGCCCAGGUUGCCUCCCGUUGGUGCCUGAGAUGGGCAAGGAACCAUAUAUAUAUAUAAAACUUCCCCCUCCUUUGCAUUGUUCUGGCAGAUACGCUUGAGAAGGCUUCCAUAGACAACAAGGACUUCCUGCUCCCAUGGCGAUGACCAAUGGCAACUAUCAAUGCUGGCCCCAGAAUUUUCCACCUCAAGGACCUCAGUUUGGCUCAGGUCCGCAGUGUGGUCCAGGUCCCCAGUAUGGUCCAGGUCCCCAGUGUGGUCCAGGUCCCCAGUGUGGCCCAGGUCUCCAGUGUGGUCCAGGUCCCCAGUGUGGCCCAGGUCUCCAGUGUAGCCCGGGUCUCCAGUGUGGCCCAGGUCCCCAGUAUGGCAUGAUGAAGCCCCCACCAUCAUUCAUGAACAUGAACCAGCCACCAUUCAUGAACAUGAACCAACCCGCCAACUUCUCGGAGCCCUACAAAAUGAAUUUUUGCAACAUGCAGGGCGGUAUGUCAUGCAUCCCAUGUGGCCCGGCCCCUUGUGAUAGCAAACUCGUUGAGUCCAGUGAUGCCAAGAGCACUGAGAAACACGCAUCGUCAUGUGACACCUCAGGCCACGAAUCUUGCACCAUGAAAAAUUCAUCGCAGCCCACCGAUAGGUGUAGCUCCCAACGUCCCCCUUGUCCCUCUAUGCCGGGUAUGUCCUUAUGCUCUCCAUCAUGUGGUCCAAACAUGGGGAGGCCACACGGUUUCCCCAGCUCUUCCCAGUGCUUUCCGCCACGCAAUAUGUACCAGUACACAACCUCCAAGACCUUCAAGUCGUGCUAUGCCAAGUAGAAGUUGGAACCAGAAAAGAACAAGAUCUUGAAAUAAAAUUAU